AUGCUGGACUUCAGGAUUAUUUCUCUGAUGUUGGUCGUCGAUGCUUCCAUGGCCUUCCCGAAGAUGUACGAAGCUAGUUUGGUUUCAUGGAAAUCAACUGGCUCAUCGAUCUUUGACUUUAACAUUCGUCUUUUGGGGCGCGAACGCAAGGCCAAUGGAACAUUUACUCUAAAGGAAGAUGUGAACGAUGAACACUUUACCGAGGAGAUCGAGACUUACGUCGAUUCGCGUGGCAGUGGAGACUACAAGCUUUUUCCCUUUUCACUGCCCCAGCAACCAACGUGUCAGGCCAUAAAUUCCUAUUGGAAGUACUUCGAAGGUAGUUUAAAGUAUGGAGUGAAUACGAAUUGUCCGUUCGUUAACCGAACUUGCCCCUUACCGAAGGGACAUUAUUAUAUAAAGGAUGUGUCUAUAAAGCCAGACAACUGGCCCUCUGUAAUUCCUCGAGGCUAUAUAAAGGGAGUUAUAACCUUUAGAAAGGAUAAAAAAGUUAUCAGUGUUCAAGAAAUAGUAAUGCAUGUUGUGGAUCGAAUAUUUUAG